GCAGAGUUUAAUUAAGUUAAGGUUACGGUGUUUGGACACAAUUACAGUGGCCGAUUUCUUGAUCUCAUAGUCUACAGUAAAACGUGUAGGCUCCACUUGAACAUUAACGGUAGUUAACAUAAAGUGAUGCACAAGCCAUUCGCCAAUUAAUCAUUUUAUGUUGUUAUGUUGAGCUGUCUUGCAAAAAGAGAACCGAUCUCGAAAGGCUAUUGUUUUUGUGUUACUCUGACUAUAUGCUACACAGGCAACUUUGAAUGAGAUCAUCGUAGGCUACGUGGAACAUGGAUCACGGACAUUCAUUCCAUGCUGACGAUAACGAUAACGGUAACGUUACGGAAAUGCAGCAGGUUGAUCUGCUGAGAGUGAUCGUGAAAGAGGAAGAUAUAAAAGAAGAGGGUGACUAUGGUCACAUGAUUGCAAUUCAACAUGAUGAAGAAAAUCCCUUUGCAGAGCCUCUCUGUAAAACUGAAACCGACAUUGAGACGGACAUCGCAGAGUCCAACAUUACGAACACUGAAACGCCACAGACACAACACAACACAACAGUGGAGGUUAACGUGAAGAAAGAAGAGGAUGAAGAAGAGCUAGCUCAUCUCCUGGGUGUGCCGGACCAUGCGUAUGCAACCCAACAGAAGAUCCAUGGACAGAAUGAUGAACUCCACCUGCAACAUGAAGGAGGUCUGUACCACUGCCCCGUCUGCAGGACAAGCUUCACGGCACUGGGUGAACUCGAGAAGCACCAGCAAACGCACUCUGUUGGUGUGAAUGCAAAGCAGACGUUUCAGGAGAGUUCCCAGAGUGUUCCCAAAACGUUGUUUGUCCCAGCCUCGUCCCUUCAACUGCAGGUGCUCACGCACGCUGCAGUGAACGCUCAUCAGUGUCCGCAGUGCGGCGUGGCGUUUACACACAUCCGACUCCUCAACUCGCACAUGCUCACACACACCGGAGAGAGGGCUCAUCUGUGUGUCCAGUGCGGAAAAGCGUUCAUGACCAGUUACGCUCUCAAAAGACACGUGCGGACACACAGCGGCGAGAAGGCGCACAAAUGUGCCCAGUGCGGAAAAGGUUUUGCGCAAUUCUCGAAUCUCAAAAAGCACCUGGUGGUGCACGCGCGGGAGAAGGACUACACGUGCACGGUGUGCGGAGAAGUGUUCGCGCAGCUCUCGGCCGUGAAGGCGCACAUGCGGACGCACGGCGGAGAGGACAAGGACUUUGACUAUUUCCACGCGUGCGACCAGUGCGGGAAAGCGUUCGCGUACCUCUCGGAUCUGAAGUCCCACAUGCCCGUGCACACCGGAGAGAAGCCUCACAAAUGUGCGCAGUGCGGACAAAGUUUUUCGCAGCGGUCAACUCUCGCAGUGCACGUGCAAACGCACACGGGAGAAAAGCCCCAUCGGUGUCUCCUGUGCGGGAAAGGUUUCGCGUUCGGCUCGCUUCUCAACAACCACAUGCAAACUCACACGGGACAGAAGCCCUAUAAGUGCGUUCAGUGUGGAAGAGCUUUUACUCUGAGAUCAACGCUAAAAAUCCACGUGCGAACUCACACCGGAGAGAAGCCCUAUGAAUGCGUCCAGUGUGGAAAAGCUUACAUAUCGAGAUCGGGUCUCAGGGUCCAUUUGCGAACUCACUCGGGCGAGAGGCCGCAUCAGUGUGUUCAGUGUGGAAAGGCUUUUAUACAGAUGUCAACUCUUAAAUCCCAUCUGCAAACUCAUAGCGGAGAGAGGCCUUACGAGUGUAUCCAGUGUGGAAAAGCUCUUACGUCAAGCUCAGGGCUUAGAAUCCACAUGCAAACUCACACUGAACAGAAGCCUCAUACAUGCGUUCAGUGCGGAAGAGCUUUUAAACAGAUUUCGGUUCUUAAAUCCCACAUGCGAAUUCACACCGGAGAGAAACCCUAUAAAUGUAUCCUGUGUGGAGUCGCGUACACCUCUAAUGCAAAUCUUAAAACCCACAUGCUAAGUCACACCGGAGAGAAGCCUCAUGAAUGUGCCCAGUGUGGAAAAGCUUUUAAACAGGUGUCAAAUCUCAAAAGCCACAUGCUAACACACACUGGAGAGAAGCCUCAUAAAUGUGUCCACUGUGGAAAAACUUUCAUUCAAAUUUCAACCCUCAAAACCCACAUGCUAACUCACACCGGAGAGAAGCCUUACAAGUGUGUCCAGUGCGGAAGGGAGUUUAGUCAGAUUUCAACUCUUAAUACCCACUUGCAAACUCACAGCGGCGAGAAGCCUUUUAAAUGUACCCAGUGUGGAAAAGCUUACAUCUCAAAAUCAGGCCUCAAGAAACAUGUAAUGAAUCACACCGGAGAGAAGCCUCAUAAAUGCGUCGAGUGCGGAAGAGCUUUCAUGCAAAGUUCGACUCUUAAAACCCACGUGCUGACUCACACAGGGGAGAGGCCUCAUAAAUGUAGCCGGUGCGGAAAAGCUUUCAUGACAAGUUCGGGUCUUAAUAACCACACGCUAGUUCACACCGGAGAGAAGCCUCAUGUAUGUGUCCAGUGCGGAAAAGCUUUCGGUCAAAAUUCAGUUCUGAAAGUCCACAUGCGAACUCACACCGGAGAGAAACCUCAUAAAUGCGCUCAGUGUGGAAACGCUUACAACUCCAGUUCCGGUCUUAAGAAACACAUGCUGAUACACACCAGAGAGAAGGCUCACAAAUGUGUCAAGUGUGGGAGAGGAUUUACAGACAUGUCAAAUCUCAGAUCCCAUAUGCAAGUUCACACCGGAGAGAAGCCUUAUAAGUGUGUCCAGUGUGGAAAAAGUUUCACACACCCCUCGACUCUUAAAGGCCAUUUGCAAACCCACACCGGAGAGAAGCCUCAUAAAUGUGUUCACUGUGGAAGAGCUUUCAAUGAGAAGUCAACCCUUAAAAUCCACAUGCGAACUCACACCGGCGAGAAGCCUUAUAAAUGUACCCAGUGUGAGAGAGCUUACAUCUCAAAUUCCGGGCUUAAAAUCCACAUGCGAACUCACGUUGGAGAGACGCCUCGUUAAUGUGUCGUGUGUGUGGAACGGUUUUUCUACAGAUUUCAACACUUAGUGUGGAAUAGGUUUUUCAGUUAUAUGGACAGUUCAUAAAAAUAAAAAAAAUCUUAAGUUUACUGGCCAGAGGCCUCAUAAAUUACUUACUCUGAAAAUACACGUCUAUUCACCUUAUUCCUUAACCCGGAAAUCUGUACUGUUUUCAACUUGAUUCUGUUUACAUGUACGCUAACUAGAAUAUGCUUCGACUUAGAUUUCUUUCGAAAUGUUGACAAUGCUGCCCUCAGCAUGGAAAUACUACAUAAUAUAUAACCAAUAUAAAAUCGAAAUGUCUACCUUUUAUAUGCGUUAUGAUAUGUUAAGCACUGUAAACCGUCACGUUAAAAUAGAUACAACGCAGCUUCGCCGGAAAUAGAUAACCGUUUUCUGAAUGCUGAGGUGUCAUGGUGACGCCCAUUGUUGGCUACGGAAUAUUGUGAAUAAACCACCAGAGUGCCCUGUGUGCAGAAGCAUUCCGAUCAUCCAACAGUAACCGUGAGCUGAUUUACACUAGACACAUCAGAGAGAAGGUUUAUAAAUGUGAACAUAUUUCACAAUUUUUUAAGUCUUAACUAGAAAAGCACUCCGAGAGCACAGACCUCCGCCUGUAUUGUUCUUCCUAGGUUGUGAUAACAUUUGAACCUAAACUAUUCAGAUCGCCACCACGUGGCCAUACCAUGCCAUUACAACACUAAGCGAAAAAUAUAAACGCCUCCGUUUACGGAUCACUCCCAAAAUGUAAUCGUUUCUUCAUUGGGUCAUUUCUGACCUUCCCUGAAGAUUUAAUUGAAAUCCAUACAUUACUUUUUGAGUUAUCUUGCUAACAAACAGACAGACACACACACAAACAGACAGACAAACCCUGGUCCCUGAUGAAAGCAUAACCUCUUUGGCGGAGUUAACUAGAAAAACACUCAGAGAGCACAGACCUCCGCCUGUAUUGUUCUUCCUAGGUUGUCAUACAUUUGAACCUUAACUAUUCAGAUCGCCACCACGUGGCCAUACCAUACCAUUACACCGCUAAGCGAAAAACAAAAACGGCUCCGGAAUUCCGACGGUGAUACGGAUCAGUUCCAAAAUGUAAUCGUUUCGUCCUUGUGUCAUUUCUGACCUUCCCUAAAAAUUACAUCGAAAUCCAUCCAUCACUUUUUGAGUUAUCUUGCUGACAGACAGACAGACAGACGAAAACAUAAUAACUGUAAGCUGAUUCACACUAGACAUGCCUCAACUUAACCAGCAACUCCAAGUACAGUACAACUUUACCACUGAGUUCCACAACCCCGAGAGAACUUGGAGAAAGCUUGAGCAAAACGUACACUGUCAGUGUGAAUGAAAAGCAGAACUCAAUACUUGCACACACUGGAGAAAAGCCUCUUAAAUGUGCCCAAAAACUCAACUCGCCACUCAAGCAGAACAUUGAAGGCAGAAUCCCAAAGAAAUGCGGUCAUUGUGGAAAAGCAUUUACAAUAUUCACUCUACUGGCAAAAUCCCACAGAAAUGCGUCUACAACAUUCACACUACUAGUAAAAUCCCACAGAAUUGCAUCUACAACAUUCACACUACUAGCGAAAUCCCACAGAAUUGCAUCCUCAACAUUCACACUACUAGCGAAAUCCCACAGAAUUGCAUCUACAACAUUCACACUACUAGCGAAAUCCCACAGAAUUGCAUCUACAACAUUCACACUACUAGCGAAAUCCCACAGAAUUGCAUCCUCAACAUUCACACUACUAGCGAAAUCCCACAGAAUUGCAUCCUCAACAUUCACACUACUAGCGAAAUCCCACAGAAUUGCAUCUACAACAUUCACACUACUAGCGAAAUCCCACAGAAAUGCAUCUACAACAUUCACACUACUAGCGAAAUCCCACAGAAUUGCAUCUACAACAUUCACACUACUAGCGAAAUCCCACAGAAAUGCAUCUACAACAUUCACACUACUAGCAAAAUCCCACAGAAUUGCAUCUACAACAUUCACACUACUUAAGCCCCAUGUGCUUGCGCACACUGGAGAGAAUCCUCGUAAAUGUAUUGUAUGUGGGGAAAAAAACCCAGUCAUAUGCUUCUCACCGCUUCUAUGGUGGCAAUAUGACCCCCCUGAUAAAAAAAAAAACAGUCACAUGGUUCAGUUUUCUCAAAUUAAGAUAUUGUGAAAGACCUCCUCUGCAGUGUAGAAUGUGAUUCUCUUCGUGUAUUUUUUUUAUAUAUAUAAGAUGAAUGCAUUUUCAUGUCAUUGUAAAUUAACUAAAAUAAAUGCAAUCUAUUUUUUUUUUUACACUAUAGCCAAAAGAGCCAGCAUAAAUGUGUCCAGUGUGGAACAGCUUUUGCACAAAUUCUGUAUUUUAAAGCCCACAUGUAUCUCAGUUGCACACCUCAUAACCUGCAAGCCUCAUGUGUUCCCGUGACAACAAGACAAACAAACAAAUUUACAAAUAAAAACAAGACAAAAAUGCCGGACGGAGCGGCGUAAUCGCCAGCAUUCCCAAGACACCAAGACAGACAAACAAACACAAAUCAAAUAAAUAAAUAAAAGCAAACAAAAUCAGAAAAGUCCACGCCAACUUAGUCCAAUUGACUGCAUCAGUAGACGGCCGAGAAAAGUCCCAGGGCAAUGAUGACGCACAGCCCCGUAGCUGAUCAGACCAACCCGGCGGAAUUCAAAGUCGCUAGGCAGGUCGUCUGGAGAGCAGAAGCACCAAGCAGCUUUACUUGGGUGGCAGGAUGUUACUGUGUUUUUCCUCACAGCACCUGGUAACUGCCGUUGCAGAGGCUUUACUUGGGUGGCAGGACAGGGUGAGAAAGCGUGUAGACCCCCAAAGCCCACAAGCCUGUAUCUCACUUGCACACCUCGUAACCUGCAAGCCUCAUAAAUGUGCCCCAAAACAGUUGUAUUCUUCUCGUUGCUUAUUUGACCCUCUGACAAAAACAGUCACAUGGUUAAAUUUUCCCAAAAUGAAGAUAUUGUGAAAAACCAUAAACAAGCUUUUAAAGGUUGAAACCAUACCAUCCCGUUAGCAAAAUGUUUGUUUGUUGUAAUUGAGUCUAAGAUCUCCUCUGCACUGUAGAAUGUGAUUCUCUUCA